GUAACGAAUAAUAUAUUUUGACGUUUAACCAAUUUGUUAAUGUCAAAAUUAUUUGAUUAUUACAUCAGAUUAGAAGUAUUUCAUUAGAGGAGUUAUCAAUUAGCAAUGGGCGUUGUUUCCUUCAUAUUGAAUCAUGGCAUAGUAUUGCCUCUGCAAUGACAGUACGAAGAGUCUCUGCUGAAAGUUAUUAGCAUCAAGCCAGUUUCACAAGGAUCACAUGUAUGUAUAUAUAUAUAUAUAUGUCACAGCCGGAUUAAAGCUAGGUCUGAGAGGGCCUAGCAUGGGCCACUAUGAAUCCACCCGCAGUUAGCAAAUCGAGCACUCGUGGCUCUGGAUAUCAUCAAAAGGCAUUAGCUGAAAUUCGCAAUUCUUUGCUACCAUUCGCGAAUAUUGGAGGAGCAGGCGAAGUAGGUUCAAGUGCUGCUAGUACUAUAUCUACUUUGUCGACAACCAGUGGUAUUAGUUCUGCUUCGGGACUUAGUGGUCUUUCCGCAGCUUCUGGUUCUACUAUCGAUAAAUCCGAUCAGCGACAGCUAUUAGCACAGCUAUUAGCUAUGGGGUAUUCCGAGGAAAUGGCAUUACGCGCGUUGAAGUUAGCUGGUUGGCGUCUAGAUACGGCCAUAGAAUUCUUGAAACAGGCUCAGGGGGAAUCUUUGAACGGACUUAGUAAACUGAACAGCAAGUUGAUAAGAAAGCCUAGCUUGGAAAGAGAGUUGAGUCUACAACGAGGAAGUCCCGCAUUAGACAGUGGAGCAGGAAGCUCACGAUCCGAUAGUCCGCGUUUAACGGAGCUUAGCCCACAUCCGCAAUUGAGCCGUCAAUAUUCACCAAGUAAUUUUGUAGAACGAGAACCACCACCACCCCCGCCUCCUAGAUGUAGUUCAACGCCGCCGCCGCCACCACCGCCUCACGCUCCGUACAAUCAGCCGAACGUACCUACGAAUAUGCAGCAAAUGCUGAAACGCAUGUCUCCUGCUCCGGUUGUUCCAACGCGACCGCCUCCUACCACGCCUGGUAAUACUGGGCCAAUAUCAACCUCGGUCAAUUUACCGCAAAGAGGUACGAGUCCGGUGGCGAGCUCGAAUAAUAAUACGAGCUGCCGUCAGCCUAUGAUUGUUCAAAAUGGUCCACAAGUUCAGCAGCAACUCUCUCAGCAAAUACAGGCUCUCAGUAUUUAUCAGACAGGUAAUAACAAUACCAAUACUCAGGUCGAACCACCACCUCCGUAUCCCAUAGUUUCUUCUUCGUCGGCUGGCCCGGUGCAACCACCGUCUUAUAGUGCCUCGAUGCAAAACAGACAGAGUCCUACACAAUCGCAGCAAGAUUAUCGGAAAAGUCCAUCCUCUGGUAUCUACUCUGGUCCAACGUCGGCCGGUUCUCCAAGCCCGAUAACCGUUUCGGCUAUGUCUCCGAGCACGCAAGCAUCCAUGGCCAGACCAACUCCGUUGCAAGCGUGGGGCGCGAGGCAAGCGAAAACGCAACCACCGAUCAUUAUGCAGUCUGUCAAAAGUACUCAAGUACAGAAGCCCGUGUUGCAAACUGCGAUCGCACCGACAUCUCCACAACCGAUAUCCACUACUAGUAACACACCACCUCCACCACCAUCUUACGCGUCGUCUAUUCAACAGAAGCAGCAGCAGCAGCAGCAGCAACAACCACCACCACAACAACAACAACAUUCACAGCAGCAGCAGCCACAACAACAACAACCGCAACAACAACAACAACAAUGUUCGCAGCAGCAACAAUCAUCGCAACAACCACCUCCUGCAUAUCCACCUGUGAAUAAUGUUGGCACAGCCGUUACGAACAGUAUGAACGUAGGCGUUUCCGUAGGUGUACCUACUACGGAACCACCGAGUUACGCGACUACCAUGCAAGCACUGGCGGCGCAACGAGGGAUACACCAUCCGGUUCCUCCACCCCCCUAUGGAACAGCUACCAUCGAGGAUUCUAGCGGCAUUUCAACAAUGGAAAAUAAUACGAACCUUAGAUCGUCACCGAUCAGUCUACAUCCUCCGUUGCAAAGAAAAUAUUCACCAGCAGACGGGUGCCAACAUCCCGCGGAAGCGCCGCCGUUACCUCCAGUAACCUCUACGUCUAUACCGCCGAGGUCCAAUAACAACGGUGGUAACAACGGGAACACCAGUAGCAAUAGCAAUAGCAGCGGCGGUGGCAGUGGUGGCGGUGGCGGUGUUGUCAGUGUUGUCGGUGCUGUCGGUGUCGGUGGCGGUAAUGGUAACGGCAACAGUAACAAUAAUAACAACAAUAACAAUAAUAAUCAUGCGGCAGAAAGUAACGGAGCGAAGGGAGGAGGAACUGGUUCUUCACCUUCGUCUUACAAAAUUAAGCAUCAAUCUCCGAUUCCCGAGCGCAAGCAUAUGAGUAAAGAAAAAGAGGAAGAGCGCAGAGACUGCAAGGUUCGUAAUUAUUCUCCGCAGGCGUUUAAAUUUUUCAUGGAGCAGCACGUUGAAAAUGUAUUAAAGUCCCAUAAGCAACGAUUGUAUCGUCGGCUUCAAUUGGAAACGGAAAUGGCCAAGAUAGGACUUAGCGCGGAAGCUCAGUGUCAAAUGAGGAAAAUGUUAUCGCAAAAGGAGUCGAAUUACAUUCGAUUAAAACGAGCGAAAAUGGACAAAUCGAUGUUUACGAAAAUCAAACCGAUCGGAGUCGGUGCAUUCGGAGAAGUAACGCUGGUUAGAAAACUUGAUACUAAUCAAUUUUAUGCCAUGAAAACCUUAAGAAAAGCGGAUGUAUUGAAUCGGAAUCAAGUUGCCCAUGUCAAAGCCGAAAGAGAUAUAUUGGCUGAGGCUGACAAUGAAUGGGUCGUAAAGCUUUAUUAUUCUUUUCAAGAUAAGGACAAUUUAUAUUUCGUUAUGGAUUAUAUACCUGGUGGUGAUUUGAUGUCGUUGCUGAUCAAAUUUGGCAUUUUCAAGGAACCUUUGGCAAGAUUUUAUAUCGCUGAGUUGACGUGCGCAGUAGAAAGUGUUCAUAAGAUGGGUUUUAUUCACAGAGACAUUAAACCAGACAAUAUUUUAAUCGAUCGAGAUGGACAUAUUAAGUUGACAGAUUUUGGACUAUGUACAGGAUUUCGUUGGACUCACAACUCGAAAUACUAUCAACAAAACGGACACGGAAAACAAGACUCGAUGGAUCCUGCUGACGAUUGGAACAACGAAUGCCGUUGUAUUCAAUUGAAGCCUUUAGAACGUAGGAGGCACAGAGAACAUCAAAGAUGUUUAGCGCAUUCGCUGGUUGGAACACCAAACUAUAUCGCACCAGAGGUACUACAAAGGACAGGAUAUACUCAGUUGUGUGAUUGGUGGAGCGUUGGUGUAAUUUUGUAUGAAAUGUUAGUUGGUUCUCCACCGUUUCUUGCCAAUACUCCCGCCGAGACACAAUACAAGGUUAUCAAUUGGGAAACGACUCUGCACAUCCCAAAGCAGGCGAACCUCUCUGCCGAAGGAAUGGAUUUGAUAUUAAAGUUAUGCGUGGGCGCGGAUCGUCGGUUAGGUAAGAACGCAGACGAAGUAAAAAAUCAUCCGUUUUUUGCAAGUAUUGACUUUGAGAAGGGAUUACGUCGGCAAGUAGCACCUCACAUACCUCGAAUACAGUACCCUACUGAUACGAGUAACUUUGACCCCGUGGAUCCUGAUAAAUUACGGAACUCGGAAUCAUCCGAUUCCAACAAGUCCGACGAAUUAUUAGAUAAUGGCAAACCGUUUCACGGUUUCUUUGAAUUCACUUUUAGACGCUUCUUUGACGAUGGUGGUGGUCCUGCGUAUCCUAGUCGAAUCAGUUUGGACGAUAAUGACAAUCAAGGUCCUGUUUACGUAUGACAAUAGGUUUAGAUGUUUUCGCAUUAGCCAAGUCGAAGAUGAUGCAAUCUUUCGCAUGUUUGAUCGGAAAAAUUAUUGUAAAUAUUGUUCGAAAGAGUCUCUUUUGAAUCGACGAAUAGUUAGGGUAAUGUGAAUCGCAAAAAUGUUUGUUAAAUCGUCAACGAACACACACGCGCACGAAAGAAAAUAUGCCGUACUAAGUUUUAUAAGAGGAGGAGAAAAAGGACAAUGGUCAUACAUAAAAACGGAAACC